AAUUGCAGGCGUCGGGGAAGGCUCUGAACCUGCACGACGAGAGCCAGCACGGGCUGCUGAUGCAGCUGCUGAAACUCACCCACAACUGCCUCAACUUCGACUUCAUCGGCACCUCCACCGACGAGUCCUCGGACGACCUGUGCACCGUGCAGAUCCCAACCAGCUGGAGAUCAGCUUUCUUGGAUUCUUCGACCCUUCAGUUGUUUUUUGACCUUUAUCAUUCCAUCCCUCCUUCGUUCUCUCCUCUGGUUUUAUCCUGCUUGGUGCAGAUCGCCUCCGUGCGCCGCUCCCUGUUCAACAACGCCGAGCGGGCAAAGUUCCUGUCCCACCUGGUGGACGGAGUCAAGCGGAUACUGGAGAACCCCCAG